CGAUGAUUGCGAGUCGCUAAUGUUGCGCUGCUGCCACCCAACAAAGGGGCGUUGAUAGGCAGGGAAAAUCCAGGUCGUCGAGAUAUCCGGCACUGCACGAUUGCAACCAGAUGGGUGAGCGGAAAUGAGCGACAGUGACCUCACAACGAUAUAUAAACCUUCAACGACAAACCCGAAUUUUCGUUGCUUGCGAACCAUCAACCCACAAACACCUUUCACACAGAAACCGUCCAACCAUGCAUGCCUACGAAUCCAAUCCAGGGGAGAAGGCGCCGGAGAAGAUUGAAGCGGGAGGCGAUGGCUACAUCAACCCGGACUUGGACUCCAAGACAGAAAGCGUGGAAGACAAUGAAGUCUUUACGAGUCUCCCCGGCCAAACCGACUUUCGUACUCUUGGAUGGGUUCGAGCGGCCAUCAUCCUCAUGAAGCUCUGCUUUGCGACUGGUGUAUUGGCAAUUCCCUCGGCCUUUAGCGUUGUUGGGUAUGGGCCAGGCAUUAUUCUCCUCGUCUGCUGGGGUUCAAUGACAACGUAUUACGCCUACAUCAUGUACGUAUUCCGCAUGAAAUACCGAGGUGUUCACAAUAUCGCGGACGCUGCUGCGGUAAUGGGUGGCCCGAUCGCCCGUGAAGUUGCGGGUGGUUUGUUUCUGCUCACUUGGAUUUUGGCCACCGGAUCCGGCUUCAUCGGGUUGGCGCAGGGCCUCAAAAUCCUCGCCAACGGCAAGGUGUGCACCGUUGUCUGGACCAUGAUCGCCGCUCUCUGCACAGCAUUGGUCGCCAGUAUCCGAACGCUGGGCAAGCUGGCUAUUUUAACGUGGAUCGGCUUUGCAUCUAUCUUCACCGCCGUCUUCAUUGUUGUUGUUGGUGUCACCCAAGUCAACAGACCAGCCGCUGCUCCUCAAACUGGUCCCUUCGAUCUUGGAGUAAUUUCUGUUGGGACGCCUGGGUUCGUCGCCGGUUUGACUGCCGCGAUCAACCUCUUUGCUGGAUUUGGUUCCACUCCUACCUUUAUGCCAGUCAUCGCUGAGAUGAAGGUGCCGAAAUCUUUCCCCAAGGCUCUAUUCUCCUCCCAGGGAGCCUUGGCAGCCUGUUAUAUUGCCUUUGGAACCGUCGUAUACAUCUAUUGUGGAGAAUAUGUCGCCAGUCCGUCAUUGGCGAGCGCUGGAGGCACAAUCGAGAAAAUCGCCUACGGAAUUUCCGUUCCUGGUUUUAUUAUGACAUCUACCUUAUGGGUUCACCUUGCUGCAAAAUUCCUUUUGGUUCGCAUCCUUCGCGACUCGGAGCACCUCCAGAGCAAUAGCUUUACUCACUGGGCAACCUGGUUGGGCUCCACUAUUGGCAUCACCAUCCUGUCUUUUGUAAUUGCAGAAGCCGUCCCCUUCUUCAGCUAUCUCAUUGGUCUCAUCGGCUCCCUCUGCUGCGCCCCGACAUGCCUUGUCAUUCCCGCUCUUAUGGGUCUAUACAUGGACCAAGGUAGCCACAGAUCCAGCAAGAGAAUGAUGGCAGUAUGCGCUCUCCAUUGCUUUACCAUAGUCCUGGGGCUGUUCGUCACGAUUGCUGGCACCUACACAACGAUUCAAAGUAUUAUUAAUGCUUAUAACUCUGGUUCUGUCGGGGGCGCUUUUACCUGCGCGUAAUAGCAGAAUACACAGAGAAUACACAGAGAGGAAACGCUGUCUAGGGUUC